UCCGUUUGAAAUAAGAAUCGACUGUGAAUACCGGCCAUAGUUGCUGAUCUUUGGUCGAUGGAGCGGGGCCUAAAUAUCGAAGAUGUUGGAUACACGUCCCUCUCUGUCUAUUGUAACUACCAGUCUGAACUUGCCGCUAGUAGUCCAUGUUAUGUAUUAUAUAGUCAAAGUGACCUGAAUUGUGGAACACUAAAAGUGGAACACUGAAUCUAGCUAUAAAGUGUAUGAAAGGCUUUCUAAAGAGAAACAUCACAGAGAUUCGCUUUCUAAGCACAAGCUGCACAAUUCGAGUAGACUCGUCAUACAUACAGUCAUUCCGCAUACGUGCAGUCUCUUAACGUUGAAGCAUAAACGAAGAAAUGGAUAUAAAUAUUAUGCGCACCAUUUUCAUUUUUAAAUCAGUAAACGCCAUAUUAAUGGGAUUAUCGGGCAAUUUCCUGGAACCUUAUUUACCUGUAUUGGUAAAACGUGCCUACCUCUAUGGCAAAUUUAGUGUAAGGACGCCUCACAUAAUAGCAACAAAGCUCGAAGUGCCAAAAAGGUGGUUUAGACAUUUUUAUAUUUUUUGUGCACCACUACUAACUAUUACUCUUUGCUUAGUUGUUUACAAAUAUCUUUAUAAUGCGAAUGUACCUGAAAUUGUGUUUACAUUGUUAGACACAUUAUUAGGAACCUCAAGAAAACCAUUAAUAUCAGCAGAAGAUGCAAUUCUGGCUUUUGUGAUAUAUAAUAUACAUUGUUGGAAAAGGUUGUACGAGACAUGUUAUGUUAAUGUAUUUAGUGACCAGAAAAUCCAUAUAUCCGUUUAUUUAAUCGGAUAUAUACAUUACAUUGGACUAAUACUGUGUAUAAUAGGCGAAUCUGAAGGAUUUGUUAAAGGUUCGCAUGCGAGUGUGAAUCUGCACAAAGUGACAAUUGUGAAACUAGUUUGUGCACUUAUAUGUUUAUGGUCGUCAUAUAUGCAAUUAAAAAUCAAUUUUAUUCUUGCAAAUUUACGUAAAAAUACGCAUGGCGAUGUUGUAUCCCUUGGGUAUAAAAUACCAUCUGAUGGCCUAUUUAAGUAUAUAGCAGGUCCAUUGCAAUUACAAGAGACACUUAUAUAUUUAAUGUUGUCUGUAAUCCUUUGGCAAGCCUCUACAUAUCAUUACGUUACUCUUUGGGUUAUAUUAAAUCAGGUGGAAAGUGCAUUUUUGUCUCAUCAGUGGUACCGUAAAACAUUUAAAAAUUAUCCAAAAGAGAGAAAGAUCAUAAUUCCUUAUAUAUGGUAAAACUCUCCUAUUAAAAAAAUUUAUAUAUAAUUUAUAGAAAAUAAUAUUUAAUAAUUUUUAUAUUUAUAAUAUACAUAUAAAAUA